AUGUCUACGGCAGUCCAUGGAGAAUCUGGAAAUUUCUGGAAUAAAUUCAAAACUUCUACAAAAUCUAUAUCAUCUUCAUUUUCUCAACUGUCAGUGAAACCUGAAUUGGACGGCGACUCACCAACAUCAACCAUAGUGCACAAAGCACUUGUAAAACACUACAAGAACCAGGAACCAUUCACAGGAUUCCCCUCAUGGUUAGGUCAUAAGGAAGACUUACCAAACGAACAAAAGAUUUUAAAGAAGCAGACAGAACAUUUAGAAAAACAACAAAGGGUACACGAGAAGCAAGUGAAAAAAGAACAAUAUCCGUCAGGUUUUACUUCAUUGAGGAGAGCUGCAACAUCUGUGACGGAGUCAGUUUCACAAACCCAGGAUCCUCAACGAAAAUCUGUUAGCUAUGAAAGACGUUCAAGACCUAGUGAUGCAUUCCAGGGUAUAUAUAACUCCGAGAGUCCCGAAAGCUAUGCUAAAGACAGCAGCACAACAUCCGUAAGUAGUACUGACAACAACAUUCCAUCAAGAUCUUCAUCGGGACGUAUAAAUCGUUUAGGAAGACCAAGCUGGUCGCAAGCUUCUGGUAAUACAGGGAACCAAGAAAAUACUAGACCAGAACUUACAUCGCAAUCAUCAUUGCUAAUGACUGAAAGAUUACGCAGAAAGACAAGAACAUAA